AUGAAUCUUAGGACAGACCUGUCACUUACUGUGGCUGAUUUGGUGGCUUCCAGUCUUCCCGGCUCAUUAUUACAGUCUCUGGACGAUGAGUUAGGAAGUAUAUUAGCGUCUCGACCUGUGAAUCUUGAACAUAUCAGCAGGCUGGUUCACAGGUAUAGGAGCGGGGCUUUACCGUCUCCUGAUAGCCAAUCGCGGUGGCAGAAACUCGAAAACUUGCUUCGGCUCGUUGCGACGUCCCCGAACCAAGAAGAAGCGUCUGCGUAUUUGCGUCUUACACGAAACAUGAUCAUGACAGAGUCAACUCAACAGCAGCCACUUUCACCUCCAACGAAGGCCAGUGAACCGUUGCUAAGCACAUACCUUCUCGAAAACCACGAUAACAUGAUGACUCCUCUGCGAGAUCUCAACAACUCGCCCAGUUACGCAGAGUCUUUCGAAAACAUUGAUCGCUACUCAGACAGGAGAUCGGUGCUGUCCUCCAACUAUGGUCGCAAGUACCGUGACCGUACUGACACGGCAACGCUUUCGAGCCUUUCAGACCCUUAUUUUAGCAACGUGGCCAAUGAAGAAGACAUGCUCAAAUCCAUACCCUUCACGCUCCUAGCCACGACUUCACACAUGUUUGUCUUUGACGAUUCUGGCGUACAUAUUCCGGGGAAUGUGCUCAAUGGAGAAAGUGGGAUGCUCCACAUCCUUUUUGAAGCAGGCCUUCUGUAUCGCUUUCUUGAUAAACAAAUUCGGACGCAUCGCAACUCCGACACCCUGUCUCCACUAAAGAUUGCGCUUCUGACAUUUGUGGAUCAGAAAUUACACGACUACAUGGUGGAUGUCAACAGCAUUUCUAACAAAGCCGAUAUUCGAUCAUUAAAGGCUUUAUACAUUGAGAUCGAGAAAUGGGUUAUUGAGUUUCGCAUUUACUACAACUUGCUCAUUGAAAUACAGCAACUGAGAGGUGACCGUUUGCUUUCGCGCGUCUACGAUCUCAGAAACCACGGCAAUCUUUUGGUCAAAGCGGUAGCCGAGUCCCUGUACAGUUCACUUGCAUUCUUAUACUACGAAUAUCUUGCUAACUGGUUGACGGGCGGCCAGCUGGACUCACACCAAGAGUUUUUCGUGGAGCCGAUACAAAAUUCAGACCCGAAUCAAACCUUUCUCAAGCUGGACACAGACAGAGUACCGACCUUCAUCCCGGAAAGAACCGCCGAAGAAAUAUUUAUGAUAGGCAAAACCCACCUAUUUCUCGAGAAAGAAUGUUUAGAGAUUCAGUGGAUAAAUUCCUGCAAUCGCAAAUACACUCAGAUUUACAAAAAUCUGAAAAUGAGUGGCAUUUCGACCAGCUUUUGCGAUACAGUGACUGCCCAUUACGGCGAAAUAAUGACAUUUUGCAGGAAAACACUUGAUGCCAAGUACAGUUUUUCCGAUGUACUUCGUAUGCUUAAAGACGUGCUACUGAUGGGGAAAGGUGAUUUCAUGGAGCGAAUGAUUUGCAACUCAUCCGAGUUUCUACAAGAACCUUCUGCUACGUUACCAAGCUACAAGCUAACUAGAUGUCUUCAAGAGUCGAUCAAGCAAUCGUCGCUUAAAUUCAUGCUCACAGCUCCACGGACUGCUAAACUGGUCGACGGAAUUGACGCUCGAGUUCUAGAGCUCGGUCAUGGAUCAAUUGGGUGGGACGUGUUUACGCUUGACUACCUGGCUUCGAAGCCUCUUCUUACAGUCUUCGAAUUCAGUCGCGGUGGCGGAAGGAAGGAGUACCUCCGAAUGUUCAAUUUUCUAUGGAAAAUCAAGAAGAACAACCAUUUUUUUCAAGAACAGUGGUCCAGAAACAACACAUUGGUACGAGACUUCCGUCGGCUCCGCCGAGGAAAACCAUUCAUCAGGGACGUUAUGGGGAAAAUUUUGAAGGUCAACGUCCUAAAAGCAAACAUCCAGCAUCUAAAUCGGAAGAUCGAAUCAUUUUGUCUCCUGUCAAUUGUUGAGAGAAAUUACGCAUCUUUACAAACAAAAAUCAAAAAUGACAAGUCUAACUCAAAAAACACUUUGAAGACUACUUGCAUUAAAAACGGCAUAAAAGUAGCGGAAGGAAUUUUGAAGCCACAUUCUUCGCUAGUACAGCAAAUCGGCCUCAGCACUAGCAUAAAUUCUAGGACUGCUACCUACACAAUAGAUGAUUUGAGACGUAUCCACGACGACUAUUUGCAAAAGAUCGUGACCCAUAAGUUACUAGACUCCGGUUCACAAAAUAGGACAAGAGGUGCAUAUUCAAAGCAGUACUACCCUGCCUCUCUCAUAAUAUUACUGGGUGACCUCUUCGAGUUUACGUUACAAUAUUCGGAGUUUAAUGACAUUAUUCACGACCUUCUAUUGCGUUUGAGUUUGCACAGCACUGAUGAGGUAUCUAAAUUACUGACCAGAUUGAACCAGCUUUUGAUCAAAAUUGUUGCGCACUACAAGUGGAUACAGAAAACUUCAUAUUAUCUUAUCAAAGACUUAAAGGCAGAUGGGGACACUGAGUUAUUAAGCUUAAGUAAAGUUUUGAGAUAG